UUAAUUGCCAUUGAAAACGUUCAUGUUGCUGAUCACAACGACAUUACGGUGAGGGUUUCAACUCUUGCGAACAUACUUUCCCAACACGGAUCUUUCUUCGUUCUGUGAAGAAAACUAGGGCUCCUCUUUUAAAUCUUCGAUUGAGCUUAUUUAUAUAUAAAUUAUGAGGAGAAUAAUUUCAAUGAGGAAAAGGAUGAGAUUCAUCUCUAAACGCAGAAAAGAACACAAGAGUAAACACUACAAGGACUUGAUUAGUGGGCUGCCUGAUGAAAUUCUUGUUUCUGUUGUGUCUCAUCUGGGAAUUAGAGAAGCGGCAAGCACUUGUGUACUCUCAAAAAGAUGGGAACGUUUGUGGUCAUUUAACAGGGUUCUAAACUUUGAUGCCUUACAAACAAUUUUUGAACUUGAAAUGAAUGAGGAGCUGCUGGAAGUAGAAAGAUCUAGGUACAUAAGUUGGGUGAACAAAGUCCUGGAGUCGCAUCGUGGUUCAACCAUAGAUGAGUUUAGAGUUUCUUUUUAUUUGAAUAUCUCUUCUAGUUGUGUCAUUGAUAGAUGGAUUGAGUUUGCAAUAGCAAAGUGUGUACAAAGGCUUGAGAUGGACUUCGAACCAUGUACCUUGUCAGCAGAGGCUGCUGGUAUAGCAUAUACUUUUCCAAACCAGAGUUAUAUUCACAUCAAAAGUCCUGCGGGUUUAUCCAGCAUUAGGUCUCUAAGAUCCCUCUGUUUUAAGCGUGUGAACAUUAGUGGAGAAAUUCUUGAAUACUUCCUUUCCAAUUGUCCUCUUCUCGAAUCUUUACUAGUAGAAAGCUCGGAACAUUUAGUGAAUUUUAAAGUUAUUGGUUCUUCACUUCGGCUGAAGUUUUUGGAGAUAUCCUUCUGCCCCAACUUGAUGGGUCUUGAGGUUUGUGCUACUAGUCUUGUGUCAUUUAAAUAUUUUGGACUGCGUCAAAGAGUAAAUAUGCAAAUUAAGGAUGCAUUUCAGCUUGCUGAGUUGUCUAUUUCAAAUCACAUUGAUCCAAUAGACUCUGCUUUUUUCCCAUUUUCAAGCUACUUUUCGCAGCUUGAGACUCUUUCAUUCGGCAUGGAUUUGAGUCGUUGGAAAAGGGGUAAUAGAGGACUCAAACAACUUCCUGAAUUUACCAAGCUCAAGCAGUUGACAUUGGAAGUUAUAGCAGAUGAAUCUACAAGCAUUCUCGGCUGGACUACCUUAAUAAAUGCAUCACCUUCGCUGCACAAACUUAAAUUAAAGUUAUGCUAUUGGGGGCCUCGUGCGUAUGUAGAAAGAAAACUUCCUAAAGUUUGCGACCGUCCCCUUCAAUGCCUAAAGGAGGUGGAACUGGCUGGGUUUGUUGGCUGUCUUGUUGACCUUGAGCUUGCCCAAUACUUGAUUAAGAAUGCCGUCAGGUUGGAGAGGAUUAUUAUCGAUCGUCACUGUACACAUAUAUUGGGCAUACCAAGACCAUGGAUGUUUAUGGAAACCGAGAAGAAAGAAUAUGCAAGAGAGCAGGCUAUUCAACUCCAAAAAAGUCUACCUGCAAGAGUCAAAAUGGAUAUUAUUUAAUCUCGCUCAACUGCAUUUGGCUGCUCAAUGUUUAGUUUUGUUCGUUCUUCUAAAAUCAUUUAAUUUAAUUAUUUGCAAUUAGUUCGUACUUGUAAGAGAGUUUCGUGACUGUAACUAUUACUAAUACAUCUAGUUCAUAGACUUUUUUUCUA